GGAGGAGGAGGCUUUCCGGCGGCCGCCGCAACUUUCCCCGACCGGCAGGCAGCAUCUCUGGCAUCCUCUCCUUUGCGCCUUGGCUUCAGCGGGAGCCUUCCUCUUCGCCUUCCUCAUCCUCGGCCCCCAGCUCCUGAAGAACAUCUAAACAGUGACGGCUUCCUUUUGUCAAUGAAGUCUCUCGAUGUGACUGAUUCUUAGCUCCAAAAGGAAUUAUAGCGCAUUCAGCAACAGCGAUGAUGUUCUGUCUGCUUCUGUGGUGGAACCUCAAAGUCCUGGCGCUUUCUCUGCUACUAAAGGCCACCACGUCUUUGAACCCGGAUGACCCCAACGUCUGCAGCCAUUGGGAAAGCUAUGCCGUGACUGUUCAGGAAUCGUACGCGCAUCCCUUUGAUCAGAUCUAUUACACAAGAUGUACCGAUAUCCUCAACUGGUUCAAGUGCACUCGACACAGAAUAAGUUAUAAAACGGCUUAUCGGAGGGGGCUGAGGACAAUGUAUCGCCGGCGGUCCCAGUGCUGUCCCGGAUAUUACGAGAGCGGAGACUUCUGCAUCCCUCUCUGCACUGAAGAAUGUGUCCACGGAAGGUGCGUUUCUCCCGACACGUGUCACUGCGAACCAGGAUGGGGAGGUCCAGAUUGUUCCAGUGGCUGUGACAGCGAGCACUGGGGACCCCACUGCAGCAACCGCUGCCAAUGCCAGAAUGGUGCUCUCUGCAACCCCAUCACCGGCGCCUGCGUCUGUUCCAUCGGGUACAAAGGGUGGCGCUGUGAGGACUUCUGCGACCCAGGCACCUAUGGGAAAAACUGCCAGCUGAAGUGCCAGUGCCACAAUGGGGCCACCUGUGACCACAAGACCGGCGAGUGCCACUGCGCGCCGGGAUACACAGGCGUCUUCUGUGAAGAGCGCUGUCCUCCGGGGAGCCAUGGAUUUCAGUGCGAACAGCGGUGCCCGUGCCAAAACGGGGGGACCUGUCACCACAUCACAGGGGAAUGCGCCUGCCCACCAGGAUGGAUGGGCUCUGUGUGUGCCCAGCCAUGCCCAUCAGGGACGUAUGGAGUCAACUGCAGCCAGGAUUGCCCCUGUCACAAUGAAGGGCAGUGUGACCAUGUGACUGGGGUGUGCCUUUGCACAGCGGGUUACGUCGGAGACAGGUGUCAAGAGGAGUGUCCUGUGGGAACAUUUGGCUUCCAGUGCCUUCAGAAGUGUGAUUGCGAGAACAGGGCCAAGUGCUACCACAUCAACGGGGCCUGCCUGUGCGACCCAGGCUUCACCGGAAUCCAUUGCCAGGAGCGGAUGUGUCCGGAGGGAUACUACGGGCUCAAAUGCAACAAAAGGUGCCCUUGCCACACUCCAAACACAGCCAGCUGCCAUCCUCUUUCUGGAGAAUGCAACUGCAAAGCCGGCUGGGCCGGGCUCUACUGCAAUGACACUUGUCCUUUGGGAUAUUUUGGUGAAAGCUGCCAGCAGUUUUGCUCUUGCCAGAAUGGAGCGGAUUGUGACAGCAUUAUGGGGAAAUGCACCUGUGGACCCGGAUAUGUGGGGGAGGAUUGCUCUGUCACAUGUGCAACCGGAACCUAUGGAAUCAACUGCUCAAUGGCUUGCUACUGCAGAAACGAUGGCGCAUGUUCCCCGGUGGAUGGCGCAUGCUUUUGCAGGGAAGGGUGGCAGGGAGCGGACUGCUCCAUCCCAUGCCCAAGUGGCACUUGGGGCCUCAACUGCAACCAGACAUGCUUCUGCGCCAACGGAGCCGCCUGCGACCCCAUGGAUGGGCUUUGCCUGUGUUCUCCUGGAUGGCAAGGAGAGUUCUGCGACGAACCCUGCCCUGAUGGGACAUAUGGCCUGAACUGCAGCGAACACUGUGACUGCAGCCAUGCAGACGGGUGCGAUCCCAUCACUGGAUAUUGCUGUUGCCUUGCCGGUUGGACAGGCAUCCAUUGCGACAGUGUCUGUGCCCAAGGACGCUGGGGACCCAACUGCUCCAUCGCCUGCAGCUGUGAGAAUGGAGGCUCCUGUUCCCCGGAGGAUGGGACCUGCGAGUGCGCACCGGGCUUCCGUGGACCCAUGUGCCAAAGAAUUUGUCCUCCCGGCUUCUAUGGGCAUCACUGCAUCCAGCCAUGCCCUCAGUGCAUCCACAGCACCGUCCCUUGCCAUCACGUCACAGGGCUCUGCGAUUGUCUCCCAGGGUUUUUUGGCCCGCUCUGCAACCAAGUGUGUCCAAGUGGAAGGUACGGGAAGGGCUGCGUGGAGAUAUGUGUGUGCACCAACAACGGGACCUGUAACCCAAUCGACGGCUCCUGCCAAUGUUUCCCCGGCUGGAUCGGCAAAGACUGUUCCCAAACUUGUCCCAUUGGCUUCUGGGGUGCGGAUUGCUUCCAUUCUUGCAGUUGUCACAACGGUGCUACAUGCAGCCCCCAUGAUGGCGAAUGCCGAUGCACUCCGGGAUGGACCGGCCCCUACUGCACCCAGCGAUGUCCACCUGCUUUUUAUGGGAAAAGCUGUGCCAACGUCUGCCAGUGCCAGAAUGGGGCAGACUGCGACCACAUCACGGGGCAAUGCACUUGCCGGACUGGGUUCACAGGGAAACAGUGUGAGCAAAAGUGUCCGCCGGGAACCUUCGGCUACGGUUGCCAGCAGCUGUGCGAAUGCAUGAACAAUGCAACCUGCGACUACGUUACAGGGACUUGUUAUUGCAGCCCGGGCUUCAAAGGAAUCCGGUGCGACCAAGCGGCUCUCAUGAUGGAAGAAUUAAACCCCUAUACUAAAAUUAGUCCGGCUCUUGGAUCCGAGCGGCAUUCAGUGGGAGCAAUCAUUGGGAUUAUUAUCCUCCUGCUAAUUAUUAUGGUUUUGCUGGCACUGUUUGUGUGGUAUCGGCGGAAACAGAAGAAAGGCCACGACAUGCCAAGCGUCUCGUACACUCCAGCCAUGCGGAUGACAAACACCGAUUACUCCCUCUCCGAUGUCUCUCAAGGUAGCAGCACUGCUCACUGUUUUUCCAACCCAAGCUACCACACCUUGCCUUGUGGCGUGACCUCUCGGGUCUUCCCCAGUAAUCUGGAUGGAAACCUCUCCAGUAAGCGCAGUAACAAAACCCUUGACAGAGACACUGCAGACUGGAGGGCCUACAGCUAUCUCAGUGAUCUAGGUACUUGUGGGAUGAAUAGACGCCAGAACACAUACAUUAUGGACAAAGGCUUCAAAGACUAUAUGAAGGAAUCGGCCUGCAGCUCCAGCACCUGUUCCCUCAACAGCAGCGAAAACCCUUACGCCACCAUCAAAGACCCCCCUGUUGUGACAUGCAAACACCCUGAGAGCAGCUACGUGGAAAUGAAGUCCCCCGGGCACCGGGACUCGUCGUAUGCGGAUGCGCCAGCUUUGUCAAGCGCCAACAAGAACAUCUAUGAUGUGGAACCCACAAUCAGCGUGGUCCACGAGAUCCGUCCGCGCAACGCUGGCUACCUCCAGAACCCCUACGACCUGCCCAGGAACAGCCACAUCCCUUGCCAUUAUGAUGUCCUUCCCACCCGGCACAGCCCUCCUGCCCACGGGACCCACUGGGACACGCCGUCGUAGAGGCCUGUGUCCCGCUGCCCAUAACAGACCCAUUCCCCCAUGAACACACUGCUCUCGGACAUGCAAUGCAAGAGGAGGCGACAAUCCUUUCCGUUUUGCUGGAGAACACAAAACAAAACAAAAGUAAGGCGCUGUACGCCAAACCUAAGUGGACGCUCGUUAGGGGCCAACUUCCUUCUGCAUGAAACUCUUAUUUUACAAGACCGUUUUGAUACAGAUCACAGCAAAACCAAGAAAGUGCUGCAUACAGCCGGCGUUGGAAAGACUUCUCCAGACCGAUGCCGGAUGCAAAUGUUCUUGACUUGGUUUUGCUUUUUAA